CAGGCAGGAAAUGACUAUAUCGUACGCUAGCGAAGUGCCAAACGGCUCCAGCUUUGGCUGCUUCUGGAGGAUCCUGGUCAACGAGGAAUCAAUUACAAUUUGUUACCUUGAUGAUCGUAUCUUCGAUAAAAGGUGAAGGAAAACCCCAAGAUACUUAGACACCCAUCAAUAUGCCAUCGAUACCUUUUUGGUACGAGGGCUGGUGUUAGUUUUCAAUUGGGAUGAUAAAUAGAGAAGAAGUGGUUAGAGAAAAGAAUUAGUAAGAGAGAAGAAAUCGUUGAAAAGUUGAUGGCGGGGUUCGGUUUACAAAUUAAUUUGGCGGGAAUUACUGGCCUACCUCUUUGUAUACUACCUCAUCAAUUUUACAUAUCGAUAUGCGCUCAACGAGCAGCAACGUGCAAUUUUCGAAAAAAUACGAUAUUAUUUCGGCAACUCGAGUGAAUCAAUACCGAUGUCCUUCGUCCUGGGAUUUUACGUGAGCCUCGUAGUGAAAAGAUGGUGGGAACAGUACAAACUUUUACCGUGGCCAGACAAUCUGGCCCUCUUCAUCAGCGCCGCCAUUCCUGGAAACGACGAGAGAGGUCGACUGAUGAGGCGGAAUAUCGUGAGAUAUGCCGUUUUGGCUUAUGUUAUCACCCUUCAGAGGAUUUCGCUAAGGGUUAAAAGACGUUUCCCGACUCUUCAACACAUUGUCGAUGUUGGUUUGAUGAUGGAGUCAGAGAAAAAAAUUUUCGAGAUGAUGAAUAAAAAAGCGGCAAUGUCCAAAUAUUGGAUGCCGCUUGUCUGGGCCACGAACAUUAUCAACAGAGCAAGAAAAGAAGCUCUGAUCACUAGUGAUCAAGUAGUGCAAACCCUCCUUGUCGAACUCAGCGACAUCCGGAAAAGGCUUGGCGCAUUGAUCGGUUACGACACUGUUUGCGUUCCUCUCGUUUACACUCAGGUAGUUACGCUAUCGCUUUAUGCAUAUUUUUUCUCGGCUCUACUCGGUAGACAGUUUAUCGAACGUACUGAAGCAGGUGGCGGAAAGUACGAGGAACCAGACAUGUAUUUCCCUUUUUUCACGGCUCUCCAGUUCUGUUUUUAUGUUGGAUGGUUGAAAGUUGCCGAGGUUCUUAUAAAUCCUUUCGGUGAAGACGACGAUGACAUCGAAUUAAAUUGGCUGAUUGAUCGACACAUUAAAGCUGGAUAUAUGAUCGUCGACGAAAUGCAUGAAGAGCAUCCAGAACUCUUGAAAGAUCAAUAUUGGGACGAAGUAGUUCCUCGAGAUCUUCCAUACACUGUAGCAAGCGAACAAUACCGACGAGAAGAACCUAAAGGUUCAGCGGAGCAUUACAAAGUCAAGGAAAGUGAUGCUCUUUACGCGAACGUGAUGAUGGGAACACAAAUUCAUAGUCACGUGCAGCAUCGCAAAGUUCAUCAGGACGACAUGUAUGCGGAUUAUGAAAGCGUAGAUACGCCAUUGGUGGAACGAAGGAAGAAUUGGCUUCAACGACAAAUCACACGAAUGGGUUCUGUGCGUAGCUCAUCGACAACGUAUAGCAGCGGCGGUGGUUUCUUUGCUCGAAAUCGUCACAACAGUGUGUACAGUAGCCCUGAAACAGGAGGCUUACCAACAACGACUAACCCAAAUUUGAAAAUGUCUCUCUAUGACCGUCUCGUAGGUCGUAAAAGUAUUCGCAGUCAACGAAUGGGUAGACAAGGUACGAUGACGAAAUUGAACUCAGUGCCAGUGUCCUUGAAGAACAGGCCACGCAUACCGACCCCGGACGUAACAAAGGAGGUGGUCGAUCGUGAACAGAGAUUGGCUUUGUCGGCAAGCAACACGGCGAACAUCGGCGCAGGCGUCGUUGGCGUCAUACCAGCGAAUGGUCAUUAUACUACCGACUUGCCGGUGGUCCAGGUGGUUCUUUCACCGAUUCAAGAAACUGAGGGGACACCAUCGAACGCGAAAUCGGGUGCAGCUGCUUUGGCACAGGCAGUAUUAUCACCAACAUUGACGAGCGCUGGUUUGGUGGCACCUGUUACUUUGACACCAGUAACUAUGAGUCAGCUAACACAGUUGGGUCUAGUCACUACGACAUCGGCAUCUUCUUACAGACCAACGAAUAUACAAAACAAUAAUACGAUUCAAGCUACUUUGACUGAGGUCAACAGUAGUGAGGAAGAAGGUUCAGGAAGUGGAAGUUCCAGUAGUAGAAGUGAGAGUAUCAUAGAACAAGAAGAAAGAAGUACUCCACUAAUUGGCGAGAACACUAGUCCAAAUAUUAGCAACGGUGGUUCACCCACAUUCGACAGUUACAACGACCGUUCACCGAUUCUAAUGAAUCCAGAAAAAUUAAGCUAUGUAGUAGCAUUACCAACAACGCAAGAGAGUCACUUACAAACAGCGAUAGAACCACGUGGCAGAAGAUCAGCUUCCUUACCUGGUCCACCCGUUGUCCAGCUAAAAGAAGACAGGAGUAUGUCAUUGCCUCAUUCUCCUGGUCUCCAACCAAGAGAAACUCGAGCAGCUUCCGUCUCAAGUAGAAACGAUCAUCCUAACCUAGAUAGACUUGCGAUAAUUUCGCCAAAUCAUGACCUGCGACCUAGGACCAAUAGUUUCGGUCAUGAACUUACCAAGAACAACCAGCAACGUAAUCAAGAAACCUCGAGGAAAAUCAGCAGUGCUUCUUGCAAUAACGCCGCGAUAACAACAGCACCGGUCGUACCAAACCAGACAACAGCCACUCCUAGUAAAAGGGGUGAGGUUUAUGUUUGACCGAAAUUAUUCCUUAUCAGAUUUUGCCCCAAUUCCUCUUUAACGUAUUCGUGAAUUUAAGAUCAUUAAAAAGACAAGAUAUUUAUCUUCAUCUUCCCUCCCAUCCGUCCACUAUUAUAAUUUCUUUUGUACAUAGUACUAAUGGUUAGGCAGGAGUCCGACCAUUGAAAUUAUUUUAUAAACAGCAUCGAUCGCGAGACUAUUUGUUAUGAAUUUAUUGUUUUAGGAAUACAAUUUGUAGCCUCAUAGAUGAUGCUUCGGAUUUUGAGUAAAUGACUUUAAAGAUCAAGUCAAUAUCCUGUAAAUACUAUAUCUAUUUGUGCAUAUAAAUACUAGAAACACUCAACGACAUAGUUUAAAAUCUCGAACUUUAUAAUAUAAAUUAUAAUGGAAAAAUACGAAGAUGUAUGUUUCCUGUGGGUGUGUGUAUGCGUUUGUAUGUGGGGAUGUGUGCGCGCGCGUUUGUAUUUGAAUCGUACAAGUAUAAAAGUAUUUAGAAUAAAACUACAUCAAUUUCAUAUUCUAAAUUGAUAACACGAUGAUGUAUAUUUUUUAUCACAUGUGCAAUAUUGUAUUAUGUGAAUGUAAAGCACAGUCUUUCUUUGCCGUAUAGCGUAGAAUAAACGAAUGCCGAUUAUUUUAAAAUUUCUGUCAAAGUAAUUAUUAGAAUAGAUACUAAAGUAUAAAUAGGAAGAAUCUUUAACUUUAAUUUUAAACGAAUUCUAAUGAAGUAAAGCAUAGACCAUGUUUAGGAUAAACUGUAAUAGUGUGAAUACCGGUACGUUGCAAUAUAGAAUUGAUCAAUUAUGGUAUAUACAAAUAUAUGAACCAUUUGCGUACUUCGUCGUUGUGAUAUGAAUUUUAAUACAUACCUAUUUAUAUUAUACGAUACAUAAUAGAAUUGUAUUUCGAACGCAUAUAUAUAU